AUGUCUCCUGCUCCGCAGCUGCCCAUGUACGAUGACGAGAAGUCUUCGCUCGAGAAGGAUCAAGAUCAAGAUCAACUUGAUGUCAUCGACGUCCAGAAACUCAAGGAGGCAGACGAGCUCGAGGACAGGAUCAAGAAUGACACAGCCGAAGAGGGUGAAUAUCGCGUCGAGGCAGCAUAUGAAGUGGCAACGAAAGUCCUGUCGGCGAGGGAUGAUCCCGAGCUCCCAGCGGUUACCUUUCGGACGGUCUUCCUAGGGCUCGGCUUCUCAGCGUUCGGCGCCGUCCUUGCUCAGAUCUACUACUUCAAGCCGCAGACGCUCUUAGUUUCCAUUCUACUUCUGCUCGUACUUUCAUAUUGGUUUGGUAACGCUAUGCACAUGCUCUUGCCCUCGAGGGGGCUAUUCCGGUGGCUCAAUCCUGGACCAUUCAACAGCGAGUAA